UCCGAACUUCAAGUCUUCAACUUCCAUGUAACGUGAGUGGUUACGACGUUGGAUCUCUCAAGUCAAGUUUUAAGAUAUUGUUUCUAUGGUGAUCAUUAUAUAAGUAUGGUACAUCAUCCAGAAACUGUCAUAGUACCAUGGUUUUCAAGACAAGAAUGGCUAGAAGUUAUCGCGGUAUCCAUGGUAAUGAUGUUGAGCGCUGGAAGGAAGCAAGAGAUUGUAGCUGGUUUGGCAAGCAAGAGUGAGUAAAUUGCCAAUAGGAGUUGACCUCACAUUGCCACUGCUUCAGUCAAAAAUUGUUAGUGCUGACCCUUUUUUGGACAGUGAUGUAAAAUCUAUAAUGCAAGGAACAGCUCUCCAGAGAUUUGUAAGUAAUGUUGUAAAACUGCCGCAAAAGAAAUAUUACAAUCAUCAGACCCUUCAUAAAUUGGCUGCUGAAAUAGGAUUACCAGGACAUCUUGUUGACCUUCGAAAUGAGAUAAUUCAUGGGGAUUCAGGGUAUGCUGGAGGAUGUACUGUAGAAACAGCUCUUGAAACUUCCUUCAUGUGGAUUAAGAAUUACUACUGGUACCCGGAAUCAACUCAGAUGAAUGGCAGGACUGCAAAGAGGCACCAGAAUCCCUCUAGGGACUGGAAGUGCUUCAUGAAAAGUCUGAACAAGUAUGCCUGUAUGCUACUGAAUGACAAUGAGAAUGAUGACACUGAUGACAGGAAGUCUCUUAAGUUAUUGACACUUCUAGUGGAAACGUUUCAUCACUCUUACACCAUCGACCCUCAGGGUUGUAUUGAUGCAGUGGUUGAGAUCUUGUUAGUACCGCUCGGCCAGAAAUGUAAAUUACAAUCAUCUGGCAAUAGAAAAAUGGAUAAAUGUGGAUGUUUCUUUAACUUUCAUGCUAUUAAAGGUAUCGAUACCUUUUUGAAAGCUAUUCUUAUAAAUAAUGGAUCAACGCAGUUAAUGCUUAAUUCUCUUCUAAGAAAAUUGCAAGAAAACAAGGAGGUUGCUUCGGCGUGGAUCAUUUUAAUUGUUGCUUCCAUACUUAAAGGCCCAACCCUGAAAGGGAAAAAAGGAAAGAAUGGAAUUUGCCAAAGACAUUUCCUUAGCUUGCAGAAGAAUGGUGUAAAUUGGAAGAGAAUAGCAUGUAAGUUACUGACACUAGAGGAAGAAUGGUCAGUAGAUUUAGCAACCAAAAUUAUGAAUUCUUCUGAGAGCAACAUAUCUGAAGUACAAAUAAAGAAAAUCAUGAGUUUAUGAUAUUUCUGCGUGCAAGGAGCAAGAUAGGAA